UUGAAAUAUCUUAUUGAUGACAUGAAAAAUAGUGUUAAAAUAAUGUAAUUUCCUUCAAAUUUGGGUUUCAAAGCAACUAAAAUGUUUAUUGAACGGGCGAAUAAUCUUUAAAAAUGAAUGGAGCCAGACAGCCCAACUUAAUUUGUCUGUAUGGCUAUUUGUUCCAAGUCCAACCGCCUUUCUUCUCGUUCCAGACCCAUCGUCCCCAGCCGACUUGCCUCCUCUUUUAACCCACCAUUUUCCCGUCUUUUUUCCGAGGGUUUCAUCUAUCCUCAGUUCAAAACCAAAAUCUGCCUAUCAGUCACGAAACCCAGGUUAGCCUACAAAUAAUUGCUUCUCGUUUACCUUUCUUUUCUGGGUUUUGAUAGACCAAUAAAAAAAAUGAAUUCAAUUCAGGCUAAUAACAGAAUCUUACCUAGUAUCCACGCUCCAAAGUCAAUCAAACCGAAAUUCCUGUCUUCUUAUCCGUAUGUUGUCUGUUUCAAUGCUAAGCUUCCAGUUACCAAUUCCUUGAAACUAUUUGCAACUGCAUCAUCAUGUCAACAACAGUUUGCUCCUCUACCAAAGCACAAGAGAUACGCAUCGAUGUCGAUAUUGCAGCAGGGGACUACCCCCUGCAGACUAUGGGGUGAAGAUACGUCGGCUGGUGACAAUAAGAGUUCACUGCGGAAAGCUAUUGCGAAAGCUAUAGGAAGCUUUGGGGAACAACAGUCCAUUGAGGAUGUAUUAAAGCAGCAAAUUGAGAAACAAGAAUACUUUGAUGAAGACAGUGGCAAAAAUCCACCACGUGGUGGAGGUGGCAAUGGUGGCUUUGGUGGGGGUGGGUCUGGAGGAUCAAAGGAUGAAGGCCACUCUGGGAUCCUGGACGAGACCCUGCAAGUGAUCUUAGCAACCUUUGCCUUUAUAUUGCUGUACUUAUACAUCAUCACUGGUGAGGAGAUUGCUCUGCUAGUAAAGGACUACAUUAGGUUUCUGUCUGGUGGAAGUAAAAGUGCUCGUUUGAGUCGUUUCAUGUACACAUGGGGAAAGUUCUUUAAGUUCUUUGAGCUGCUGACUGAGAAGAAGAAAGAUGAUAAGUAUUGGUUGCAAAAGGCUAAAAUCACCACCCCAACAUGGUAUGACAGCUCCGGCAAGCACAAACGGGUCCUAAAAUCUCAUUUAGAACUAAUUGAUGAUGAUGAUGAUGAAGGUGGCGAAGAUGAACAAUCCUGAGUCCUGAUGUAAUUGUCCUUCAGAUCCUGAAAGAGAUUAAUGAGAAUGUCAUUCAUGACUGUUUGUGUCUCUGAAAUUGUUAGUCAGUAACUAGAAUCAAUUUUGAGAUUAAAUUGUUGCAUUUUGGAAAAACCUUUUUGUGUUUAGCAAUUGACCAGCGAGAGUUGCUGAUGAUUAUAACUAAAUGAUA